UGUACAUGUGCUUCAAGACCCAUGGCAAGCAAAUAUGGAUGAUCAUUUUCUCCAUACUAUUAAUAACUCAUUGAUUGGUAAAGUGGUCUCAAAUCUGUAUAGUUCUAAGCCAAAAUCAGCAGGAUAUAUUGAGUUAAUUGAUCAUAUCUUCAUUAAGCGGGAUGCGAAUUUAAUUUUGAGUAUUCCUUUAACUGAUAGGGUGGAUGAUUCUUGGUACUGGUGGAAGGAAAAAUCGGGGCAAUAUUUUGUAGAAAGUGCUUAUCAGUUACUAGACAAAGGCAAAGAAAAUAGGCAUACUAGUGACAACUCAGGCUUUUGGGAUAAACUUUGGAACCUGACAGUUCCUCCCAAAGUCAAGAACUCGCUAUGGCGCGCCUCCACAGGCUUGCAGGAAAAGAUUGGGAAUCGGUGUUUUAGCAGUGGUACAAGAGACUUUUUCUGACUUGUUACACAUUGAAAUACUCGAUUUGGUGGCUCGGAAUGAAGGCUAGUUACAAUGGUUACUUGGGCUUUGUGGAAAAGUAGGAAUGAACUGGUUUGGAAUAAAAAACAGAGAUGUUGAUGAGGUUGUGGUGUUUGCAAAAAUUGUCCUUAAUCAAUGAAAAAAUGCUCAAGACUAAACAUAAAAUACAUCUUUAUAGGAUUGAUAAAUCCUGAGGAUGGUGUUGAGCAUUGGCGAACUCCAAAUGAAGAAGGGAUUAAGGUGAAUCUUUGAUCAUCUAACUGUUUUAAUUAUUCUUGUGUUGCCCGAAAUCAUACUGGCGCUUUAGAAGAGGCUUGAGCGAUCUACACUAGAGGAAAUGUUCAACCAGAAAGAUCAAAAACUAGAGGUGGUGCAAGGGGGAAGUUGAAACAGAUUGUCUUGUAGUUGUCCAAGCUAUCACAAUUAAAGUUU